AUGUCAAUAGAUGACCUUCGUGGAAUGUUACCAUCGACGUUUACAGUUGAAGGUUCAGCAGGAUUGCUUACAAGAUUGUCAAUUGGUGGCAUUUGGUCUCGUGAGAACAUUGUUAUAAAAUCCAGUAUAAGUGAAUUUGCUGAAGAAUCUAUAUUAUGUCUUUCAAACUACAUGUAUUCGCCGCCGAAGCAUUAUAGUAUAACAAACUUUGUCAGUAAGUUUAACAUAAGACUUGUCGAACCUUCUUCAAUGAAAGAUGUUGUGCUACCUAAAGAUGGAAAGGAUGGACUCAUUAUUGAGAUGAUUUUAAUAGCAUAUUAA